GCGGGAGACAUGGCAUUUCGUGAGGCCCAUGACUUUGACAAAUCAAUCAAAAGAAUAAAUAAAUAAAUAAAAGCAACUCCCCUGCUAAAUCAACACAUGCAUGGUUUUCAGAUUAGCAUGGAAAUACAAUCUGGAAGGCAAAACAAAACUAUAUAAAGUCCUAAGACAACGCGUAUCCGCAAUUCUGAGCGUGAUUAUCUACUUGAAAUGACCUGAAUUUCCGCAAUAUUAAUACAAAUACUUGAAACUUAUUGGCAAGGCCUCAAAGGGUAUCGUUUCUUUGGUCAUAAAAUCUUAUCCUAUUCAAUUUGACCCUUAAUUCAUCCAAUAGCUAGGGACCCUUUUGACAAUGCCCCAAAUUGGUUUGAAGAAAGUUUGUGACUGUCAAGUAUUGGUACUCUUGAGUACAUGGAGGUUGUCCGAAGGUAUUGAUCUUUCAAAAGAUUCGAAUGGGAUUUGCCUUGGGAGAUUGAGUUGUCAUACAAACAAUUUUCAACUAUAUUUUAAUUUUUAUUAAUAAAAAUUUUUUAAAUUUAUUUUAACAUUAAAUUUAUUUGAUGGAGGCUGGUGGCGCACGUCAGUAGACUUCUACUCAAACUCUAACUGCAAAAACCAGAUACAAGCAUCGUGGGGGAGAUUUAGACAUCUGGGUUUUCUCUCUCUCUCUUAACCAACAGCCUCCAAGUUUUUUGUUGUUGCAACGUGUACCUACCAUCUUCUGCCAUGUAAACUGACAGUGAUGCCUCCCACAUUUAUUUGGUUUCAAACAAGACUCAGAACCGAAAACUCUGUCCCUUUGACCCCACCGCACCUAGUGGACUUGCCUUUUGGCCAACCAAGUUGGCACCUCUAAAUAUUUCACUCUCUUCUAAUCCCCUACUUCAGAGCCACGUGUAACUUCAUCCAUCGUCUUCAAGUUUUUUUAGCAUAACCACUCAACAUAGGUGGAGAUCAUCAACGUUAGUAGUGUACAAUUUUUUUUAGACAAAUCAAGAGUUUCUUAUGAAAAUUUUGUAAAUUCAUAUUCAUCAAUUUAAAAGUUAACAUUGACGUUCUCAUUUCGUUCCAUUUUAUAGAAGUAAACAAAUCGAAGGGACAGAAAUACUUGGGACACGUUUUAGAAGAGUGAUUUUGGUUUUGGAAAUAUUCUAUAAAUUUUGCUUUCCACGAACCGUGUAAGCUAUGACCAUGACAAGCAAUCAAUGGCAAGAACAAAUCUUGCAAGUAAAAAACCCAACUUCGCAACCAAAUCAACAGCUUAGAUCAACCCCACAUGGCCCCAGGAUAAGGAUAAAACCCAGAAUCAUCCUUCACUCUACCCACUCACCCUUUUACGUCAAAACAGAAGCCCUGUUCCAAGUUCAAAACAAACACUCGUGACAUAAUCAAACGGUUUUCUGAAUCAUCCAUUUAUAAAUUCCACGUAAGACUCAAUAUAUUUAUUAAAAUGUUUAGCUUACACGUAUUUAAAUACCCAUUUGGGCCCUGAAAAACACACGCUAAAAAGAAACAGGAAAGAAAAAGUUCUUGAGUUUCAGAGAUGGAGAAACAGAGUUAUACCCAGAAACUUUCUUGGACCAGGGGGAAGUGUUUAGGCAAAGGCUCCUUCGGUACUGUCAGCUUGGCAAUCAAAGAAUCAGACGGUGACGUUUUUGCAGUUAAGUCUGUCGAUUUAGCGACGUGUCUUCCGAAGCAGUUGGAGUCUUUGGAGAACGAAAUUAGGAUCCUCCGUUCGCUUUCCUCUCCUUAUGUCGUUGAGUAUCUCGGCGAUGAUGUGACAAGGUAUGAGUCUCCUACGACGUCUAAUCGGAAUCUUCACAUGGAGUACUUGCCAGGUGGCACCACUACUGACGAGGAGAUUAUGAAACGCCGGUUGGCUGACAUGGAUGACAGAAUUUUACGGUGGCACACGCGUUGCUUAGUUUCGGCUUUGGAGUACGUGCACGGCGAAGGCAUUGUACACUGUGAUGUGAAAGGGAAAAAUGUUUUGGUGGGCCCUGAUUUCACCUCCGUAAAGCUAGCGGAUUUCGGCUCAGCGAUUGAGAUUAAAAAGGUGGGCGCGGGUGACAGGUGUAGGUCCCUAAUUACGCCACGUGGAACCCCUCUCUGGAUGGCGCCGGAGGUGAUUCGAGGUGAGUACCAAGGACCGGAGAGUGAUGUUUGGUCCUUAGGCUGCACCGUCAUCGAGAUGGUCACCGGUAAGCCAGGUUGGGAGGAUCAAGGUUUCAACUCGCUAUGUCGAAUUGCUAACUCGGGGGAAUUGCCCGAGCUACCGACUCAGCUAUCUGAACUUGGUAAGGAUUUCGUGGAGAAAUGUUUGAGAAGGGAUCGGAGCCAAAGGUGGAGCUGCGAUCAGCUGCUACAGCAUCCAUUUGUAGCAUCGGCUUCAGCUCCGAAUAUGACUGGGGAAUCUUCUCCACGUUGCGUGCUCGAUUUCGCCAACUCCGAUUUCGAAGAAGACGAAAAUACGGAGAAUUGUGAAGCUUCGGCGAUAGAGAGGAUUGGUAAAUUAGCGACGGAAGGCGGGGUUAUUUGGGAAUCGGAUGGAUGGCUGGCGGUGAGGAGUUACGCUCGUGAAUCAGGUGUGAAUUGUGACGAAGGGACAAGUGCAGAAUAUGUGCAAUUGAUGAGGACAGAGCAGGAAACGGAGGGGACAAGUUCGGUAUAUUGGAGUUCGAUGGGAAUCAGGCAAGGAAUUGAAAUGACGAUUUCGGAAUUUUACGAUUAUUUUGAUAGCAGUAAUUCAAUCGAGUGGCAGUGCAGUAAUUACAAGGGUGUGAGAGGGUUAAAGUCGUUGAGUGGUGGGCUACGGUGCGAGUGCUCGGGUUCGAGCUGCCGGUAUGGGUCACAAAAGGUGGAGUUAGCGGUGGCGAAGGGAGAGUUGAGAUUCUACAUAUUUUGUAAUUUAUUACAACUAUUUUUGUUUGAUUUAAGAAUAUUCACAUCUAUUUUAAUGGUGUUUUUUAGUUACUCCUUUGUUACUAUAUUCUUCACCUUUGGUUCUCAGCCUAAUUUAAUGGUCAUGCGAUUCGACCAUUUCAUUUUCAAGUUCAAACCUGAAGAAAAAGUAAUUCUAGACUUUCCCAGUCAUCACAAGAAAUACUCCGCUUCUUAAUGACACUUCUUUUAUCCCAAAACAUUCUGGAAAAAAAAGGCACUAGACAAAAUUUAAGGCUUUGUCAUAGGCCACUAAUCUCAGUAAUGGCACACUUCUUUUGAACAAUUUAAAGGUUGUGGCUAGCUAAUUUUUCAAGUUGGUUUAAUGGGGCGUGCAAAAAGCAUGGCUUGGAUUUAUUCACUUUCAUUGGAAUUUUGGUUCCAAUUAUUAUAUGUUUGGAAAGUCAAUAUCAACGU